AUGGAUUUUCUCCGCCGAGCAUUCGGGUGUUUCGAUCGUACAUGGGUGGCUGCUCAACGAAGCGGGGAGGAUGGUGAUAAAGGGGUCUACCCAAUAUUUGUCCUCGCUUUCUAUAAAUGGAGAUCAAAUCUGACGCUGUGUGCACGGUUCGUCGACACCAUCGUCCACCUUAAUUAUCACGAACGAAGCGGCUCCACUGCCAUUGCAGAGCUUCUUUCAGAAGCUUUCACCACUUUGCAGUCGAUACACACGCGUUGGGCAGAGUACGGACUCGAUCACUAUAUCAGCCAUCCACCUGGAGGGGAUUUUGCUCAGAGUUUCGAAAUGCCGCUUACGGCUGCUACACACAAGUAUUACAAGAUCGUGGCCUCCCGAAUUACUGCUGGCUCCGGUAUCGAAGAGCUCGUUUAA